UUCCGUCCAGUAAUUCCUCAUACAUAUAAUACUUAGUAUAGCACAAAAUUAUGAGCAACAAAAAUCAAAUUCUUAUCAUUGAGAGAAUAUGGAGUCCCAGACCUCCACCCAAGAGCAGGAGUUUCUCAAUCUCAGGGAAGUCCCAUCAGCAGCAGACAUAACUUUGGGCUUGGACAUGGCCAAGGGCAGCGCGUUUUGCAAGAUGGGUGAAGGUUGGACAUGUAUCAUAACUAAAACUGAGGGGCCUGAUGCUGGCAAAGUUUUCGUUAAAUGUGGUGAAAAUUGCACAUGUACUAUUGAGGGCGAAGCAGUGUCCCCAGAAUUAAAUUUGUCACCUGAUGUUGUGAGUAGCAGUGGCAGUGGAGCAUUGUGUAAGUGUGGUGAAGGGUGGACUUGUGUCAUUUUCAGGACUGAUGAGGGCCCUGAUGCAGGGUCUGGCAAGGGCUUUGCUGAAUGCUCUGGACAGUGCUCUUGUACUAUUGAUGACAAAUCCACCAAAGAUAUAUAAAUGAUUCAAGACAAGGGUCAAGUUCAUGUAUGAUAUAUAUAUGAUGGUUGGUUACUUGGUUUACUCCGACUUUGAUACAUGUUUGUAUUGAAGAAGAGAACUAUCUUCAGUAUAAUGUGUGAUCAGUAAUAAAGGAAGUGAAGGGACUUUCAUCAGUAUUAUGUUUGUUCGGUAAUAAAGGGAUUAUUAUCAGUAUUAGUUUGUACUUAAUUGCUUAAGUAGUUGAGAUAAUAGAUUAAUUUUGUAAA